ACCUUUCUUCAAAAGAAAGCAAAAUCGAAAAUUCCAGAAGAUGAGAACAUAGUUACAUGGCGCCAUAAAUCCGCCACCUCACCCUACUUCUUCCUCGAGCAUUAUCCUCUCUCGUCUUCUACUACUGGGCUCAGAAGUUCAUCCAUAAAAGCACCAGAAACCCUCUGCAACUCCAACGGAUCGAAGAGGCAAAAUCAAAAAGGAAAGAUAGAAUGGGGAAAGAGAGCAAAGAGAUGAACGUAGUCCGCGGUCUGGAUCUUCAGAGGUACGUGGGAAGAUGGUAUGAGAUUGCUUCGAUACCUUCCUUCUUCCAACCCAAAGACGGGGUGAACACCCGCGCCACCUAUUCUCUCAAUGCUGAUGGGACGGUCCAUGUUCUAAACGAGACCUGGAGCCGUGGAAAGAGGGAUGCUAUCGAGGGUUCAGCUUAUAAGGCAGAUCCCAACAGCGAUGAGGCUAAGUUCAAGGUGAAGUUCUACGUUCCUCCCUUUUUCCCGAUUAUUCCCGUCAUCGGCAACUAUUGGGUUCUCUACCUUGAUUCGGAUUAUACCAUCGCGCUUAUUGGAGAGCCGACUCGCUGCUAUCUCUGGAUACUAAGCAGGACAACUCAUAUUGAUGACGCAACAUACAAUUCGUUGCUCGAGAAGGCAAAGGAAGAAGGUUAUGAUGUAGAGAAGUUACAUAAAACACCUCAGGCUGAUCCUCCCCCGGUAAGCGAUGAUGCUGCGAGCUCCAAGGACAAAAAGGGAAUUUGGUGGAUCAGAUCCUUGUUUGGCAAAUAAGAAAUCAGAAUAAUAGUUAAAAAGGUUUUCAUUUCUUGAAAAAUAAAACAUUUAGGACGCCCCUCUUGUUCAAUUUCAUGUACUUUCUAUUCCUAGUUUGUAAAGUACGGUCGAUGUUACGUACAAUUACUAUAGUGAUUUGGACGAUAA